UACGUGACAGCUAGUGUGACACAAGUACGUAGUAGCUACUAGCUAGUGUGUGUGAGAGAGAGCGAGAUCGAAAUGGCGGUGAUGAAAGGUGUCCUGGUGGUGCUCGCUCUGGUGGCGGUGGCGGCGGCGGCGGCGCUGCGGGGCGCGGACGCAGCCGGGGAGUGCGGGGCAACGUCGCCGGACAAGGUGGCGCUGAAGCUGGCGCCGUGCGCGUCGGCGGCGAAGGACCCCAAGUCGACGCCGUCCACCGGGUGCUGCACGGCGGUGCACACCAUCGGCAAGCAGAGCCCCAAGUGCCUCUGCGCCGUCAUGCUGUCCAACACGACCAGGAGCUCCGGGAUCCAGCCGGAGGUGGCCAUCACCAUCCCCAAGCGCUGCAACUUCGCCGACCGCCCCAUCGGCUACAAGUGCGGAGAUUACACCCUGCCAUGAGCAACUAGUCUCUGCAUCACGCGCCUUCUGUCAUCUUCUUAGUUUGAUCGUGUUACUUAGCAAAGUUGUGUUUGCGUUGUGCAUGCAUGCAGCAUGCAGUUCAGUGUCAGUGUCAACUGUCAAACACCAAAUAAAGAGUUCCCAUCUUCCGUGGGACCGUGAUACCGUCUGUAGAGUUUGUCUCUCCAGGUUCAGAAUAGUUGUGUACUUGAUAUAUCAGGAGGCUGCAAGGAAGCUCAUGUGAAUUCUCAGAAUAAUAGUAGCACUUGUUUUGUUCAUCGA